UUCCUCAUCCUUCUCUACACCAAUACAAAUAUUCCAUAACAAGAGAGAAACUGUUUUGUAGAGUGCAUUACUAGCUAGAGAGUAUUUACUAAAAAUGGGUACUGGAAAUGCCAGGAUUUUCAUUUUAUUCGGUCUUUUGUUUGCUGUUGUGACACUAAUCUCUUCUGAGGUUUCAGCUGCUAAGGAUUUAGCUGCAAAAACAACAGAAGAAGAGACAGCUGAGAAAAAUGGUCUGCAAGAUGCCAAGUACGGAGGAAACGGUGGUUACCCAGGUAACGGAGGGUAUCAAGGUGGCGGUGGAUACCCUGGUAACGGUGGGUAUCAAGGUGGGGGUGGAUAUCCAGGUAAUGGAGGCGGGUACCGUAAUGGAGGUGGAUACCAAGGUGGUGGCGGACGCAAUGGGGGUGGGUACCGUAAUGGAGGUGGGCGUGGUGGUGGUGGAUACAGAUGCCGACAUGGUUGUUGUGACCGUGGUGGGUACUACAGAGGAGGUUGCUACAACUGUUGCUAUUCUGCUGCUCAAGCCAAAGCCUUUGCUGCUGAAACUACCACCGUCAAUAAUCUCAAGCCUUAAAUAUAAAUCUAGCUACUAUAUGUAUUGAUAAUAAUCUCAAGUCUUAGAGAUUAGCCUACCAUACGUAUCUUUGAUAAAUAUGUAUUUUCAGUGUGAUGUGUCCUUGCUGAAUAGUGUGAUGCUAGUUUGAAAGUCACUAGAUCGACCCAAAGAUCAAAAUAAAGAAAUGAUUUCUUGAUUAUUAC